AUGGACUACCUGACCAAGCUGACCCUCCAAGGAAAGUUUGCGAAGCUGCCGCUGAUGGUUGGAGCAACAGCCAACAAGACUCUAUCUGAAGGAAUCGACAUCGCAGCUGUGAUGAGGGUGUUCUUCCCUUCAAUCUUGGAUGGGGACAUCCAGGCUGUUGGGUCGAAUUCUCCAUUAUUGCAAGCAUACCUGGUGCUCGAUUUCACCUCCUCUCAAGAUCUGAAAUUCCAGACAAUUACGGGCAGCUCUGAGUUUGGAUGCGCCGGGAGCUGUAGCGCCCUUGAAGCUCUCACAGUGGGUACCAGCACAGGGUAUGUUGAAUCUGCCUGCCCUUUUGCUCCUCCAUCAGUUUCUGAUGACGUUCCAGAUUCAAUGGAGCCACGACCUUUCACCCUCUCUCAGCAACCAAAUGAAGCCUUUGCAGAGGAGCUUGUAGCAUACUGGCUUCCGUUCUUGCGCUCAGGUGACCCAAAAACUUUCAAGCUUCCCCGAUCACCCGUUUGGAAGCAAUACACCCCAAAAGCAGCAAGGAUGAUUCUGAAAGCUGGCCCAGAGGCUGAUGACGGUCAAGCAGCUGAAUUAGGACUCACGCCACCCAAGCACAUGAUCCAACACAUUGCAUAG